GUAUCGGUUACACUUGUUUUCUGGGUGGCGGAACAUGCUCCCAUGCCUCGCACCUGCCCCCAAAGCUCUGGAAUCUCGCGCGCCAUCGCUUGCGCACACGGACGCUCAUAUCGACAACGAAGUCGCUCGCUUGCGCAGCUUGCAUAUCGCCGACGUUCCGCGCAUGAGCGAUCUUAGCGUCUUCCGCGUUCGCCGCGACGCCCUUGAUGUCAGUGCAACGGGCCGCUCGACGCUCUAUACAUUGCAGAAAGCUCGACUCGAGAUGGAGCGACGCCGACCUGCUUCGUUUGCUUUUGCUUUGCCGCCCUCCGCCCUGGAGCCGUCGCCUCGUCCAUCCCCACGCUUUGUGGCACCCGUCGUCGCAUCACCGCGAGCUUCCGUGCAGGCUGAGCCACGAGCACCGAUGCCAACUCAAGAGAGUCACGGCAUCAACACCAGUCCUCGAAGGCAGCACUAUCACGUGACGUACCGCGCGAAUGCAUUGCAAGCUCCAGAGAGCGUCUGCACGCACAACGACGCGGCGCAUAGUAACAACGACACGGAACGGCAACGACCGCGGCGAAGACGACAUGUCAAGUCAACGCGACAGCCGCAGUUGUCGUGCCCGCUGCCAAUCAACCCGAUCGACCCGCGGGACCGACUACUGCAGCUCCACGACAUUUCCGAGUUUGACUUGCGCGUGUGCCACUCGCCGCGGGCCGUGACCGCGUACCACGGCCACCUGAGCGACUACAACCUCGAGGAGCUCAUGGCCAAAACGGGAUUCACGCGGCUCGAGCUCUAUACGCUCUGGAGCCGCUUCAAGGCGCUCUGUUCGCUCUCGCGGUCGCCCGCCGGCGUCGACCAAGCCACGUUUCGGCGCGCCGUGCCGCUGCUGUCCGUGGAGGACGAGAUGUUUGUGGACCGCGUCUUUGCCAUCUUGGAUGACGAUUACUCGGGCGUCAUCGAGUGGCGCGAGUUCAUUCGCGCCAUGUCAGCGCUCGAGAAGGGCGACUUGCGCGCGCGGAUCGUGUUUUUGUUUGAAGUUUACGAUCUAAACGGCGACGAAAAGCUCAGUCGCGACGAACUCAUGGCGUUCUUCAUAUCGGGCCUCAUGGUUUCGUCCGACGACAAGAACGUGCAGGACAUGGCGCAGCACUUUGCCGACGAAAUCCUCUUGGCGCUGGGCGUCACGCCGGCUGAAGGCGCGACCAUUUCGAUCCCGGAGGUCGCGGCGUUCAUCGAGAAGGCCGAAAUGGAAGACAUCUACUCGAUCUUUGGCCGCACGAUGCUCAACGAGCUCGACAAGCAAACGCCCAAGCCGGACGCGGACCUCGCAUUGGUCAACGAGACGCUCGAGACGACCUCGAUUGUGUACCGCAUGUCGCACACGAUGCGCAUGGACAACGUUUGACCAUUCUAACGUUAACGUUACCAGUACAGCUCGAAAUUGUGCGCGAAGCCAACC